AGGCAAGCUAUAAAAGUCUUAUUGUGUCCUCCCCCUCAAUAUCCUCAUCUUACUUCCAUCUCUAGACCCUUUCUCCUCUUCAGUCUCCUUCCAUCACCUUUCCUUUUGUCCUUUUUCUUUCCUUUCAUCUGCAGUCAUCCACCCCUUCAUUCAGCUGGCAGGAUGGUAAUGACAGAUCUGUUAAAAGCGGAGGAGAUCAAGAAAGCUCUUGAUGCCUUUGCAGCUGAAACAUUCGACCCUAUGAAGUUCUUUGAAAUGGUGGGAAUGAAGGCCAUGUCAGCUGAAAAUGUCAAGAAGGUCUUCCAGGUCCUGGAUGUUGAUGGCAGUGGAUUCAUAGAGGAGGAAGAGCUUAAGUUUGUACUGAAGGGAUUCUCUAAGGAUGGCAGAGAUCUGACUGAUGCCGAGACAAAAGCAUUCCUCCAAGCUGCAGACAAAGAUGGAGAUGGCAAGAUCGGCAUUGAUGAGUUUGAGGCCUUGGUGCAUGAGUAAAGGAUAGCUGAAGCCCUUCUUCUUCCUCUUCUUCAUCCCUGCAUUCAUAUUUUGUAACUGCCACCUUCAAACUCUUCUUAACUCCCCGUGGACCCCACAUAUGGAGUCACACCUGGCCUGGCUGCUGUGAAACACUAACAAAAACCAGCCAACAGGGAGUCACCAUGAGGAGGAACAUACAGGCAUACAAGGCAUCGGUUUCUUUUAGGAUUUUCAUAUUUUAUAUAAAUAUAUUUAACCACACAUACUGUAAGGAUUCAGAGUCAUUCUCAAAGAUUUAAGAAUGGUACUAGUGUUGUAGAAGAUGUAGAUGUUUAAGACUCCCUCAAUCUCAGUUUUCUUCUUCUGUUUUAUUUCAAGCUGUGCAUUUUUCUCAGUUAAUUUUAUUUCUGGGUGUUUAUCAGUUCGUCUUUUUCCUUCCUAAACUGUCUUACCUCACCUCCCUCACCUAAUCUCUGUUCCCUCCUCCUCCUUACUCCCUGCCUCUGAUAAGAGAAUGUGGUAUUUAAAAUCAUAUAAAAGGAGAAUUGUGAAGAGAGAAAAUACAUCAGUAUGAAAUUAUAUAUAUAUAAGUUGAGUUACUGUCUCUUUACUUAAUGUUCAUCAUUGUGAUCACAAAACCUUCAACUUAAAAAACAUACAACUGAAAAAAAAAAUGUCAAAAGGACAUUUAUUUGCUUUGUUAGUCUAUUAAGAUAAAUACAAAUCUGACACUAAGUAGAAUAAGUAUGUGAAUCCACCAGUUAGGUAGUUUAUCAAUGAAAUGAGCAGUGCUGCCCAGGAGAAUAAAAAACGUAUUUCACAAAAACUGUUCCUUUUUCUAUUUUUACUAUCGGAGACAAACACCAAACAACAUAACAAAUGAAUUACUGUACAAAGAGUUAUUAAAAUAACUAUUCUAGUUUAAGGUUUUAAUCAUUUAGUUCUCCAUACAGUGUCACUUUUCAUUUUGGUACAACAAGUAGUUUGUUUCAUCUAACACUAUACUAAAUCUCCCUAAAUGAUCCCCUGUUCAUCAGGCUAAAAACCAUCAUCUUUCAGAGGUGCCAACAAGAACAUGUCUCCUGCCUCCACAACCUCAUCUUGCAGCGUGAGUCACAAACGCCACCUGG